AGCCAUAACAGAUCAAACUAAAACUCAGUUGUAUCCCGCCAUCACACAAUGUAUCUCCUUACGCUGAUCUUUGGGAUUGUUUUCCAUAAAGCCUACACCCUGAAAUGUUAUGAGUGUGUACUGGGAAACUCAGGAACUUGCACAGACACAACUAAAGAAUGUCCCUUAAGUGGUCAGCAGUGUGGAGCGCUGAGAGUCCUCUCAUAUGCAGGUGGUUCAAAACUUGUUGAUCUCAAUGUGAAAUCGUGUGCUUUGGCUGACGAAUGUAUUGAGGGCUCAGUGAACUUUGGAAUCUCCAGAACCGUCAUUACCAGCAAGUGCUGCACCUCCGACCUCUGCAACACCCAGCCUCCUGCUGAACCGAGUAAAUCUAAUCCCAAUGGUAAAAAGUGCUUCAGCUGUGAUGGUCAAAAGUGCACCGCAACUCUAAACUGCGAGGGGAAUGAGGACCACUGCAUCUCAGCAGCAGUGAACACAGGAGGUGUACAGACUACCGUGAAGGGCUGUGCCUCCAAGCAGAUCUGCUCAAAUACGGCAAAUCCACAGAUUUCAGGAGCCAUUGGACCAGAAAUUAGCUGCUGUCAGGGUGACUUCUGCAACAGCGCCAGCAGCACAAGUGCUGGCCUUCUGCUCCUGGUGGCACCGUUGUUCUCUUUGGUCAUGUUCUCUUAACUGGUGGAGUCGCCAGCAUCACUGCUCAGCGUUUUCAUCCGCAUGGCCUCUUAGUGCUCCGCCCCUUUCUUUAUCCUUUCAAACGACAUGUGAGGAAGUAGACAGUUUAGCAUUUCCUUUGUCUCAUGCCUCAUACAGAUUUAACCUGCUUAUUUUCUUUUUUACUUGUUGCCUAUGAUUGUCUUGUAAAGAAUUGACUUGCAAGAGCUCUUAUUUUUUUCCUGAAGUAAAAUGAGGAAAAUAUAAGAAACAUGUCAAUGCACAUUUUUUGUUCGGAGCGCUAUUACUAACCUGAAAUCUGUUUUCAAUUGUUUUUUUAAGUUUAAGUUAGGUUUUUCAGAAAUAUAAAUAUUACUGAUGAA